CUCUACUCCUCCCAUCAAUAGACCAAUCCAAUCCAAUCACUUCUUUGUCGUCGUCGCGGUGAACGCGUGUGCGCUAAAUAUUUGCUCUUGCUAUUUAAUUCGAAGACUUCAAACAAUAAUCCAAACAAACAAUGGGUGUCGACGUUACAUUCCUUGCCGAAGGAGACGGUGCCACAUUCCCAAAACGAGGCCAAACCGUCACCGUGCACUACACAGGUACAUUGACUGAUGGUAAGAAAUUUGAUUCGUCGCGCGACCGUAAUAAGCCUUUCAAGUUCAAGAUUGGAAAAGGAGAAGUGAUCAAAGGUUGGGAUGAAGGUGUUGCCCAAAUGAGUAUUGGCUCCCGUGCUAAACUGACAUGUUCUCCAGAUUAUGCUUAUGGAGCUCUGGGACACCCUGGCGUCAUUCCACCAAAUGCAACUUUGAUUUUUGAUGUUGAACUCAUCAAAUGCGAAUAAAAAUGUACACCGCACAUGCUAUUAUUACUUCUUAUAUACUUAAAUAAACAAUGCACCUUCAAGACUGACCAAUAUAUUUUCCCGUCGAACAACUUCAUUGCUAAAUACUAUCAUAAAAUAGUGUUAGAAAAAUAUUACAGAUUUACUAUAGUUACUGAAAUGCCAAAAUUAUCUAUAAGUGAUUUCUAAUUAUCAAUAUGAAUAAUUAUUACUUUAUAGAAUUUUAAUACAAUACAAUAAAUAUGUAUCUUUUUUUUUCUUUAAAAAUGAACAGAAUUAUAAUAGGAAACAAUGAUCAAUAAACCAAAUGUCUAUAAUUAUUAUAUAA